UCUGCUCAGAGGUUGGGGCUCUUUUGAGUGUGGGCCCUGUGCUCUGCCGUGUGCUCUGCCCGCCUGCUCAACAAAAGCUGGAGAGACUAUGCAAAGCCCUAGCAGCCCCCAGGGCCGCUGUUGCCCUUCCCCUCCCUGCUCCCCAGACAGCGAAGCAAAGAGUGACGGGGCUAGAAACAUGUGGGUGUUCGGAUAUGGCUCUCUCAUCUGGAAGGUGGAUUUUCCUUACGAGGACAAGAUGGUAGGAUACAUCACGGGCUACAGCAGGAGGUUCUGGCAAGGCAGCACGGAUCACCGUGGAGUGCCGGGCAAGCCUGGAAGAGUUGUGACACUUAUUGAAGAUCCUGAGGGCUGCGUAUGGGGUGUUGCAUACAAACUGCCAAUAGGACAAGAAGUUGAAGUAAAAGCCUAUCUUGACUUUCGAGAGAAGGGUGGAUAUAGGACUACAACUAUUGUCUUCUAUCCCAAAGAUCCUGCAGUGGAACCUUUUAACGUGCUAUUAUAUAUUGGAACCUGUGAAAACCCUAACUACCUCGGACCAGCACCCCUAGAAGAAAUUGCCAAACAGAUUUUUAAUGCAGUUGGUCCUAGUGGAAGAAAUACAGAAUACCUAUUUGAACUUUGCAAUUCCCUCAGGGAUCUUGUACCAGAAGACGUAGAUGAACAUCUUUUUACUUUAGAGAAACUAGUAAAGAAACUAUUGGAACAAGAGCAAAAAAAAUCUGUAUAACAGUUGCUUUGCAAACAGUUUCUUCACUAUCAGAAUAAGUUUAUUCUGUUUAUAUUGUAUAUAUAAUUUGGAAAUAAUCCAUCAAAAUUUAAGAAAUUAGUUUUUGUAUUUCAUUGAGGCACCACUGUCCUUGAGUGGUAGAGAAUUAUUUCUAAAAUGAUAUUUUCAAAAUUUUAAAGGAAUUUUGAAUUUUCAUAAGAUUUUAAGAAUGCUUUUCUGUUCAUUUCUCAAAUUUGAAUAACUUAGACCUGAAACUUAAGUUUGAAGGUUUAAGUAGCUUUCUUAGCUUUAAGUUAUUAGAUUUUGUUUUUCCUUUCUAAAAACAAGUUUUGAACUAGAUUCUGCACUUAGAUACGGAUGCAAUCCUAUGCAUAAAAGGAAGUUCCUUUCAAGAAAUAAAUGCAUAGUAUUGAGUGAUGUGUGUUGACUUAAAUGUCAAUCAUAUUCCUUCAAAAAUAUUCCCAGUGGGAUUUGUAGAUUACAGCACUAUGGGAGAAAUCCUUUGUACUCUUGUUUAGGAUUAAGUCCAACACUGUGCAAAGUAAAUGUGUAGGAUUACAUUUUAAGUGCCAAUUAUACCUAUGAAGGGCCUGGAUUAUUUGUAUAACUAUUUGAAAUAUUUUAGAUACUGUAUUGCUUAUUAUAUAUUAUUUAGCAUUUAAUUUAACUCCCCCAAACUCAAUGAUUUUAUAUAUUAUUAUUAUUAUUUGCCUAUUGAUAAGAUGAUCAAAUAGUUAUAAACGGAAGGAAACUACACUUUGCAUUCAUGGUCUCACUAUCUUCAGAAGUGAUGUAUACUGGUACCACAAGGCUUUCUCUCAUUUUUUGGAAAACAAUUGUAAUCAGGAAGACAACUUUAAUCUACUUUGCACUUAUCCCAGUAACUAGAGCUCUAUAUAUUAAAACUCACAAAAACCAAUUCUUCAACAAUUACUAUACCAAAAUGGUGUAGUCACCAAUAUUUAAUGCUGUAGUUUCACAACUUCUUGCUUCUGGUGGCUAAGAACACACAAUAGAAUGCUGAGCUACAAGAACAUUUCUCCUUCAAUAUUUGUGUUUAGUGACAAACAACCCUUACUUUUCCUAAAUUUCCAUGCAUUUAUAAAGCUUUCAUUAUGAAGACAGCACUUUUCUCUGUAAACACUAAUAAGAAAACUUUGGAAAUAUGUGGAUUAUGCAGCCCAGUCCAUUUGAAAAGCAGAGGAUGGCCAUUAGCAAAAAAGAACACAAUUUUUUUUACAAUUUUUGAUUGUAAUUGAUUUUGGCUCUCAAACAGAAUGUUCAGAAACUCUUUUAAUGAGGGAUUAGAAAGGUGCCUCCUGCUGCAACAGAAAAACACUUGCAUAGUGGUAGCUAUUUCCAUUUCUUCAAAGGUAAAAGGAUGUUUGUUUCUAUAAGGACUGGCAGAAGUCUGGCAAGCAUCCAAAUAAAGAGCAAAUUCCCUUGUAAGCCAAACUUCCUCAGAAGUAUUGGAACAUGACUUGCAGCAUAGGAAAGGUUUUUGAAUGAAAGUUUACACUCCAAAUUCCCAAGUCUCAUUAUCACCAUUAAUUAGCAUAGUUCCAGUUGUACCUGGAUAAUGUAUUAUAAUUAACAUAAUUAUAUUUCCUACUAACAAGAAUUUGGAAAGCCUAGUUAGAAUCUCUCACUGAUAUAAUAUUGCAAUGAUAAACUAUGGUUAAUGUCAGCAAAUGAAGGAAAGUACAUGAGCUCCAGUCCAUUUUCAAUCUCUUAAGGACAGAUAAGAAUGUUGUUAUGUCUUCAUUAGGCCCAGGACUUCAAAAGAGAACACUGUGGAAUGCCUCUUUGAUGGCUAUAGCUCAUCAGUAGACACGCUUAAAAAAUCCAGUUGUGCAUCUCUCUCCCAUAGUGCUUUGAACUUGUUAUUUGUUGAAGAUUGUAUUACAUAUACCUAAACCACCUGUCAAAAUAUUUUUGAAACCAUGUAGAAACAGAGUCCAAAUUAAAAUUCACACCAGGUAAGCAUAAGCUGUUGAUUUAGCUUAAAAUAUCUCUCUUUUCAGGAUACUAUAUUUAGAGUUCAAAGGCAAGUUGCACAGCAGAUAGCUGGGACUUAACCUGAACAAACAUUUUGGGACUUCUAAACUUUCUCAGCUUUCACUGAAAUGGAUAUCUGCUGCGUUAACCUUUGGGGGAUAAAUGAUGAUCUCAGAACACAACAGAAAAUGUUUUCAUCCCAACUAUGCAUGUGCUUCUCACGGUUUUAGUUCUUUUCUUUAAACUUUCAACAAAAGCAUAAACUGGUUCUGUGUUUGUCAUUUUCAUAAUGAAACUUGUAUGAUUUUGCAUUAGUAAUACAACAAUUAUGGUUUAAGUCCAUACAUUGUUUCUCUCCCUCUGUUUAUCAAAUACUUGCAAAUGUUAUGCUGCACUGUUUGUCUAUUUGAAGGUAUCUGUAUUCAACAAAGUGAGAAAACUAAGUCUGGAUUUGGGAAGAGUCUUAAUAAGGAGUUAAUCAAAAUAUUAAACAAUGAAAAGGAAUUCUGAUAUGAACCAUAAAUGGUGUUUCCAGUUCACAGUAAAAUAAACCACUUAUAGGCUAAAUAUGAAUAAUUAUUACAUCAUAAUAAAAACAUCUACAUAGAAAUAGGGUUUAGCUACCAUAAAAGUCAUUGGAUUUUUUUACUACUGAUUUUUAAUUCAGAUUAUUUUAUUGUAAUUCAGUUACAUUAACCAGAGUUCAGCAACUAGUAAAU